AUGAAGGAUAGAAGUGUGGAAAUCAAUAAUUGCGAUGAGUUCUUAACUAAUCAACCUUCCCUCCAGUUAAUGUUGAUCCUUAAGGUUGCAUUUGAUUGCAUUAGAACCGCUUUUCGUCACUUUCGACUUUACCUUUUAUCCCCUUCAGAGAAAUCAUUCGAAAGAUCAUUUCUCGAGAAAAAUCCCUGGAAGAUUCCCUUGCCUUCAGAAGAAAGAAAACCUACCUUAAAACUUAUUAGAGAAAUGCCGAAAGUCAAAUCUGAUAAAAAACCUACCAACAUUAACACCAACGUUAAUCCAAUCAUUACCAAUUAUCCACCUCUUCAGCCUGCACCCGUGAUUCAUGCCUUACCACCCCCUAAAUUUAAUGAUUCGCAUUUAUUUAAUGGAGCAUUGGUUUUUCAGGACCAGCGACUUACUGAAGAGGAACACGCAUUACUUCGGAAUCCACCGUAUCAACUUACCUUGUGUCUUGAAGUGCUUCUUUCUCCAGCAAGAAGAAAUCGUAAGAACAAAACUAAACCGGAGAAUAAAAUUCCGAGACCGCAAAACGCCUGGGUUCUGUUCCGAAAAGAUUAUGAGGCCAGUCAACGCAUGCAAUUCCCGGAAAAAGCGUUGAAAAUGAAAACCGUCUCUACUGACGCCGGUGACGUUUGGAGAAAUCAAUCGUCGCAAGUCAAAAGAUAUUUUGAGAUUCUUUCUAGACUUGCGCACGAAUAUCAUAAAGCAAUGUAUCCGAAUUACAAGUAUACUCCCAAGAAGAAGCAAAAAGAUAUUAUCAGCAACAAAGAUUGGAUUUUCCAUAAUGGUGUUAAAACCUUAGUUGCAAACGGAGUUACUCAGGUGAUGCAGGUCGCAACUCCUGAGGAAUCAUCGGCGCUUGACAAUUCUUUCGUUUCCACAUCUCCUCAUUACUAUUCGUCACCAACUUCACCACAAUCUACGCUCGCCUUUUCAAUUUCUCCCGAUUGCUCACCGAUAUCACCAUCAGAAGAGUCAAAGUCAUCUUUGUGCGUUGGUGAAUUCCUUUUCUCACCCAAUGAAUCUCAAUCAAUCUCCGAUGUCAAAGGUUCUUAUGCUGGAUCGUCAACCAACAUAGGAGAAUAUGAUACCGAUUACGACAUAUUUCAAAACUUCAUAUUAUCUACAACAGUACUCGGUAACAACCCUCCGAUUGCCGGAAGUGGAAUUGGCACUGAUAUUAAAAAAAACGAAAACUUCCGUAAUAUUGAUGAUGUAUCGUUUGCGGACACCCUCUUAUACGACCCCAUUUCGUCCGAAUUUGCGACUCGUAACAACGAAUUCUUUUACGAAACCAACAAUCUCGAGCAUACGGAUUCAUAUAAUAUGAAUUCAUGUAAUGAAAUAUCUACUGUGGUGUCCACUGUUGAAUCAAAGAUGAUUGUCAAUUAUUCGGAAGCAUUACCACCGUCAAGUGUUAUUCCCGAUUAUAUGAUGCAUGAAUAUAAUAAUGGAUGUUUUUCGGAUAUUUCCGCGGAUACAUUUUUCAACCAGCAUUCUAGUUCUUUAGAAUUUUAA